AUGCCGCUUCUUUUUCCAGCCAGCCCCAGCAGCCGGUCGGCAGCUGCAAGCAACACUGCCUUCUCCCCUGCAUGGAAAGAGAAUGGAAAACGCAGCGCAGAAGAAGUGGAAGCUUUCAAAGUCAAGCUCAAUUCCGCCCUGCAUGAUCACCGGGAGUACACAGACUUACCGGUGGGCGAGUCGUCGCCGGGGCUGGAAGCUGCUUUGAAUGUUCUGUUGGGCUUGGCAACUGAAGGCCCAUCCAGGACAAUGGCGGCCAGUGUCGCUGCAAGGGAGGUCUUAGCGGCCGCACUCUAUGCGCGCGACUCCACCAUCGCAAGAUUGGCGAUCUCGCUUGUACCGUCGAUCUUGGGGAACGGAGACCUUAAGACCGGCGUACCAGCAGAGCUAGACGUUGUUGGCAGGCUGAUCGAGCUCCUCAAAACAGCGCCAGACCUCAAGGCUCAGGACACGUGCUGCGCGGCGCUAGCGAGCAUCGCAAAUGCUGUUGCCUUUGAGGAUACCACGGAAGCAGAACGUGUUGCGGAGGAAGCUCGGUUCUCAAUCCGACAGCGCAUCCUUCAGUCAAACGGCCUGGCGGUCCUCCUUCCGAUUCUCGCGCGAAAGAAGCAGAGCGAGAAGCAACGGUACCUGAAUGCGUGGGACCUGGAGAGCUGCCAGGCACAAGCGGCCAAUGUCCUGACCGCCCUCUUUGAAGCCUGGGAUGACGUCGGCUCGCCCGAGGCCGCUGACGUCAUCCUGAAAAGCCACGUCAUCCCCCGCCUCGUCGAGCUCACCCGCAGCUACCACGUCGAGGGCGACGCGCAGCGCGCUUCGCUCCGCUGCCUGGUCGCCCUCUGCGCGGCGGAUCCGCGCGCGCGCGCGCUCUCACGCCAGCACGGCGCCGAGAGCGACGCGAAGUGGGUGCUGACGCACCCCGCCGGGAGCGGGCCGGCCGCCCGGGAGAGUCAGCGUCUGGCCGGGGCGUUGAUCGCCUUACUAAAAGACGGCAGGGCCGGUAACGCUCCCAGCCAAAUGAGCCCGCCGCGUGUCGUUGACAACCCCAAGCGAUCCUUCGGCAGCGCCUCCAGUCUUGAGUCGCUGGACCUUGAGAGCGAAACGGUUGACAAUGACGAAGCAGCCAGUCCUUCGUCCCGGCCGCUGACCGAGCUGAGUGUCAAAGAACUGAAGGACCUGCUAAGCGGAGCGGGGAUCAGCUGCAAGGGAUGCGUAGAGAGGGCCGAUCUAAUUGCCUUGGCGAGCAAGUACGGUCUUGUCAGCGCUCCCUCUAGUCCUUCGGCCUCGGUUAGAGAGACCGGGGCGAAGAACCCGGGCCGUUCUAAGAGUCCUGCCGGCUCGGUGAAAGAGGCCGGCGCGAAGAGAUCGGGCGGGCGGUCAGUCGCUGGGGCGCAGCCGGAGGGAUUGAGUGAAGACAUUGCGGGGAAUGUGGGGGACUGCUUGGCCGCGCUCAUUCAGUCGCUACUCCGAGACGGUGACGCGCAAGCUGACGCCGUGGCGAUGGGCGCGCUUGGACGGCUCUCGAAACUGGGCAUGAUGCUCAGAGACGGCAGCGCGACGCCGAUGGCGGCCGCCUUCGCGGUGCCCAUGACGACAUCGUCCCUGUCCUCAGCCAUUCGCGAUUGCGCGCUCGCGCAGCUCCUCCGCCACGCGGCGCCCGAGGCGCGCGAGGCCGCCGCGCACUCCGGGCUGCUGCAAGCCGCGUGCCUCGCGCUGCGGUCAGAGGACGAGUGCGCGUGGGCGCCCGCGACGGAGAUGCUGGCCGUCUUUACGGAGGAUCCUUCGCUAGGUUACCUGGUAAAUGAGCACGGAGCCGUUCCUCCGGCCAUCCGAAGCCUGCUUACUUUUGACCGGGACGCCGCCCGAUCAGGAAGCAUCAGUCCUUUGGUGGCUUCCAGCGUGAAGUUACUAGCAAACCUUCUAGAAGAGAACCGGGAUGAGUUCUCGGGUGAGGAUGCAGGGGCGGAGCGCGUGAAGCGGCAGCGCAUAGCGGCGCUGAUCGUGAAACAGGACUGUCUCCCGAUUGUUUUGGAAGUCUUGGCGACCGCAGCCGGAGACAAGGUGCCCAAAGGGUCGCCCCAAAGGAGCGUCGCCGCCGACGCGAUGCGCCUGCUGCAUAGUCUGCAGAAACAGGAGGCUUUGCGGACAAAGGUGACUAGUUUGCUGGAGACUGGCCUCGGGCAGAUCCUCGCGGGUUUCGUCGAGAGCCGCGCGCCGGCGACCGCGGAGGCGGCCGCGGCGUGCCGCCUGCUCGCGGACCUGGCGCCGGUGCCAGGGUUCUGCGAGGGUUUCGGGGACGAAUUGCCAGAAUUGGUCGGAAGAAUAGCGUCGCGGAUAGAAAAAGAUGGCACGAAGGAAGAAAAGGGCGGAAGUGAUUCGACGCUUGUGAGCCCGGCGCGCCGCGCGCUGGUCCGCCUGGUUCGCCACCUUAAACCCUUAAAGCUCGACUUCUGGGCGUCGGAGUUCACGUGGCGCGCGGUGUGCGCAACCGUCGCCGAAUCGCCGAGCGACACGUGUCAGGAGGCGGUUGCAGCGGCCGAGCACUUGAUCGCCCACAAAAUGGUGACGAUAGACCAGCUUUCAAAGACCUUUUGGCCCGCGCUGAUUCAGCGGAUCAGCGCGGCCGCGGCGCGCCCCGACGAGGCCGCACUUCUGAACAAGCUCCUGCUCUUCGUCGCAAAGUCCCUGAGCCCGGGUCACGCCGGACCGGAACCAAGAGCAGAACCGGAAACAAAAGGAACGAAGGCGAACGGAACGAUCGCGGAAACAGGCCACAAGCUCCGCCUGACGUCAGGGUCAGUAGGCGGAGGAGGAAGUGAGAAGAGUUUGGUACUGGGCACACCGGUUGAGAGGAAGAAUGGGCGGAACGACGGCGGGCGGAUUCCGCUGGAAGGAAACGGAUCACAUUUGCUGCUAGAAGGUGGGGCUUAUGACGGGAGCGACGAAGAGGACGAAGCGUCGUCUACAAGCGAAAUAGCGGUGUACUUUGGCGGCGACCUUUCACCGUACUCGGCCAGCGAGCGGUCGCCCACUUCCGGUGGGGAGUUGUCGCCUUACUCUUAUCAAGACGGACGUACGGCUUCGUCGAGCAGCGACAGAGCGUUGUUCGCACCGCAGAAGAUGGCACGCGUUGUGAAUUCGAAGGCGUUGGCAGAACCGGAACCGAAAGAAUCGAUCCCUACCAAGAAAGCGGAAAGUGAACGGAGCGCAGCGGAAUCAGCGAAAGGAAACGGAAUUCCGGCUGUUUUGGGGACGACUGAACGGGACGGAAUGGCGGGAGAUGGGGAGAGUGUUUUGGGAGGGUUUGUGCGCGCGCGCGCCAGCUGGAAGCUGAGCAAAGAUGAGCGCGAGCGGCUGAUGAUUGGGCUGCUGAGCGCGGGCCUUUCCGCUGCGGUCGUUCCGCUCUUCGCGACUCCAGCGGCGCUUCCGGCGCUCAGUGUUGUGGGGUCGCUUGGAGCGGACCUCAAGGGAAUGGACAAGGUGACGGGCCUCCUUCUGCGCGACAAGCUGCUCAUUCCGGUGCUCGCGCGGCUUGUGACGCUGGCGGAAGCGGAACAGGAGGUGCUGCUGCUUGCGCGCCUCGCGCUGAAGCAGCUCUACUUUGCCAACCCGCUGUGCGCAGAGACGGGCGACCAUCCGGGCCAAGCGCGGCUCGGCGUCUCCACCAAGCCGGGGGCUCCCCCCGACUACUUCGCCUACAGCCACCACUCUGGGUGCAUCGUCGUGGCGCCCGAGAUGGGCGACCGCGCCAUGGCGGCUCUCCGGGAAGUGGUCGCCGCAAAGCGCGUGGAAGGCACCAGUUUGUCGCCGAAAAAGCAGUUGACGCGCCCUCCAGGGGCCUCGUCGGGCGGCAACUGUGGUUGGUGUGGAGCAGAAAUUGCGGUCUGCGUGCGGUGCACCCACUGCCAUGUAGGGCCCAAAUACUGCAGCGACGUGUGCAGGCAUAGCGCCUGGCCAACCCACAAAGAAGACUGUCCAAAAUGCGUCAAGUAG